GCUAAUUAUAAAGUGGCUUCUCCCCCGACUUGCCGGCGCACUGAGUUGGGCGUCGAGCUCCCGGGCCCCUCCCCGCUCCGGACCCGCUUUUCCCAAUACCCGCGUUAUCAUUGUCAUUAUUAUCAUUGUUAUCAUUCCGGUUUUUCCCCGGGGCUCGGCCGCGGGGGUCGGAGGGCGGCGCCGCGUCGGCCGCGGGCCCCUUCCCCUCCUUUCCUUUGCCUUCUUUCCUCGAGGUCCCGCGGAGAGGCGCAGCGCUUGGCGCAGCACCGCGCCGCGCCGGCUCCGGGCUCAGCCCGCCGUGGGAACCAGGCCCCCGUGGGAACCAGCCCCGGCCGGGCCGAGCCGAGCCGAGCCGCUCCGAACCGCUCCGAUCUUCUCCGAUCCGCGCCGAUCUUCUGCGAAGCGCUCCGAUCCUUGCCGAACCGCUCCGAUCCUCUCCGGUCCAGCCCGGCCCCGAAAGGGACGCACCGCCUCGAUGGCGCUGGUGCUGAGGUUGUGCGGCCUGCUCCUGGCUGUCGGGCCGGGCUUGGUCCUCGCCGGCCGGGCGGGAUGCGGGAAGGACUGCGCCGCCUGCGCCCACCGGCUGGGACGCCGCGCGGACAUCAACCCGCUGGCUUGCACGCUCGAGUGUGAAGGAAAACUGCCUUCCGCCAAAGCCUGGGAGACUUGCAAGGACCUCCUGCAACUGACCAAAUUGGAUCUUUCUCAAGAAGGCAGCAAUGUCCUAGGAGACAGCGACAAACCGCAAGAGGCGAGCCAUUUGCUAGCCAAGAAAUACGGGGGGUUCAUGAAGAGGUAUGGAGGCUUCAUGAAGAAAAUGGACGAGCUUUAUCACAUGGAACCGGAAGAUGAAACCCAAGCUGGAGACAUCCUGGCCAAACGGUACGGAGGUUUCAUGAAGAAGGAUUCGGACGACGAAGCGCUGGCCAACUCAUCGGACUUGCUGAAAGAGCUUCUGGGUGGUGGGGACGAUCCCGAGACGGGGCAUUACCAAGAGGGUGGUGAUAAUGACGAGGAGGUGGGCAAAAGGUACGGCGGCUUCAUGAGAGGCUACAAGAGAAGUCCAGAACUGGAAGACGAAGCCAAAGCCCUCCAAAAGAGAUACGGGGGAUUUAUGAGAAGAGUUGGAAGGCCUGAGUGGUGGCUGGACUACCAGAAGCGUUACGGUGGAUUUCUUAAGCGCUUUGCCGAUUCUCUUCCUUCAGAGGAAGAUGAAGAAAGUUAUUCCAAAGAAGUUCCAGAGAUGGAUAAGAGAUAUGGAGGAUUUAUGAGAUUUUAAUACCUUUCCUUUUGAUCCUCCCCAGCCAAGCCCUUCAUCCCUAAAUGAGAAAGACUGCCUCAUUGACCAUAUUUUAUUGUAUUGUGUUGCUUGCACUGUACAGUUUUUUACUGUCCUAGGUAAUGAUGUGGCCUGCAAUCUUACUUCAGGUUCCGUGUUCCUUUCAAGUCAACGACUUCUGUCUUAGUAAAACUGAAGUCUAUAUUGUAGUUUUCAUGCUAAAACUAUUUUUGUUACCUUUCCUUUAUUUUAAAGAGAACAUCUAAAAAUGCUUAUUUGUAUAUAUAGAAUAAAUUCAUCACCUAACUGCAAAA